UGACGGGGCGCGGUCCCGAGGGUGGAGUCCGCCGCUGCGGCUGAUCUGGGAACAUUCAGCCAUCUGCAUACUUGAUAGAACCGCCGCGUUCGUUGCUGCGCUUUCUGGAGGCUCCGACUUUAAAAAAAGAAACCCACGACAUUUCGCGGGACGAGGGCACCGACUGGCUGAAGAUGAUGGCUCCGGAGCCGCUGCGAUCGGCCAUGACCAGCGGGGUCGCGGAGGACACGUCGCUCGCGCUGCCCUCCGACAACAAGCUGCGCACGGGACAGCAGCGCGUGCUGGAUCAGGUCACCACGAUAAAGAGGAGCAAGUCGAGGCAGGGGAAGAACGGCACCCUGUCUCCGUCUCCGACAAGCCCGAGUCCACAAAGUUUGACAACAUACACCGAGUUUGGAACAUUCAAGUUUUUGCCAUCCAAAAUGAAUGGCACCACCAGCCGCACCACCUCCACUAUGUCAACAAGCUACAAUAAAUCGAUGAAUGUUCAAAAGAGUCGUACUCUGUCCACUAAAACCAUGGGAGGAAGAUAUUUCAGCACCUCGGGCACAUGGGAACAGCAAAUCAGCUCUUCCAACUGGCCCCAGAGUCCCAAUGGACUGAAGCCGAGUCGCAGUGACCCUGCCUUGGCUCCACCUUUUACUCCUGCACCUGCACCGGCCCCUGCCACUGUCAUGCGAGCCAAAGGACAGACAGCCCAGAGCCAGACCACCCUCGUGACCCGUAUAAAUAGACAAAGCAUUUCUUCAAUGAGCAAUGGCAAUAAGAUGACCACCAGCCAGACACGCAUCCAGCGGCCACCCUCGACCAACUCUCACAACGAAGGCAGAGUCAGUAUGAUCAAAACCUCCAACAUUGAGCAGAAAUCAGCGGUGAACACUGCAAACAGGGUGAACAUGUCAGACAUGACCGUAAAGGAGGCUGUAGAGUUCCUGUCUCACCCGGAGGAGAAUUACCAGCAGUGUGGAGCCACCUUCAUCCAACACACUACCUACAAUGAGGAGCGCACCAAACCGGAGGUUUUCCAGUUAGGGGGUAUUCCUCCUCUGGUGACCCUGCUGCGAAGCCCCAACCCAGGGGUGAGCCAGGCUGCUGCUGGGGCUCUGAGGAACCUGGUCUUCAGGGACCAGAAUAACAAGCUGGAGGUUCAGCACUGUGGUGGCAUAGCUAAGACCUUGCAGCUGCUAAAGGAGACGGAUUCUACUGAGACACAGAAGCAAAUUAGUGGCCUGCUGUGGAACCUGUCCUCCACCGAUGAGCUGAAGGAAGAACUUAUUGCUACAGCGCUGCCUGCACUGACAGAGAAUGUGGUGAAGCCAUUCACUUGCUGGUCAGAAGACAGUGCCAACAAACACAUAGAUCCCAGUGUCUUCUACUGUGCCACCGGAUGCCUGAGAAACCUGAGCUGUGGCCUGACGAGUGAGAGGAAGGCAAUGAGACAGUGCCCUGGUCUCAUCGACUCCCUGAUGAGUUACAUCCAGUCCUGUGUAGCAGAGGAAAACCCUGAUGACAAGUCUGUGGAGAACUGCGCAUGCAUCCUCCAUAACUUGACCUACCAACUGGAGCAGGAAUGCCCUGAAAGUUUCAGUGACUUAUGCCCUCAGAAAGCGGCCCAGCUUGAAAAUAAGAAAAGCCCUACAGUUGGAUGCUUCAGCCCCAAAAGCAGCAAGGUUCAAAAGGAGUUUUCUUAUGAUGUGGCUCGAGGAAUGCCACCAGACGUUGCCCCUUCAGGUGUGAAGUGGUUGUGCCAUCCUAAAGCCAUGGAGGCCUACCUGGGCCUCCUGAGCUCUUCCCAGAAAGAUGCCACAUUAGAGGCUUCCUGUGGCGCUCUGCAGAACCUGACUGCCAGCAGGGAAAUGGGUUCUACUGCUGUGAGCCAGAUUUUAGUUAAUAAGUUCAGGGCUCUGUAUUACAUUACCCCCCUGUUAAAAUCACCUAACCACACCCUGCAGAAGACUGCUAUGUCCCUGCUGGGUAACAUGUCUCGGACUGGCGGUUUGCAGAACGCCAUGGCAAAGCAUGUUUUGCCUGAGCUCUCCAGCCUGCUCAGUGGCAAGCCCAAGGAAAUGGGAAACUCGGAUGAAACCAUCGCAGCAGCUUGCAGCACAGUGCAGAGACUGAUCUCGGCAGACAGUGAGAUCAGCAAGAAGGUCGUUACACCAGAACUGGUCAAUUCACUGGCUGACCUCAGUGAGAAUGAUUCUUUGCCCAAAGGCAGUAAAGCAGCCUCGCUGCUGCUGUACAGCUUGUGGAAUGAGAAGAAUCUACAAGGUGUUGUGAAAAAGCUGGGGCUCAACAAAUCAGUCUUCAUCAAUGACAUCACCACAGCAGCUCACCAGUCAAUACAAGUUAUCGAGUGAAUGUGAUGGACAAGUGGAACGGCAGCAUACAGCCUGAAAGAUGAACACCAUCAUGUUUAGACACUGCUUUGGCCACACCCUUUCAACGAAGGCAGGAAAAUUUACCAUCUUCAUUAACAACACUGUUGAAAGAGCUGAUC